UCCGACGUCUCUUCAGGCCCAGCUCAGGCACAAGCUAAAGCUUUCACUUCCGCCCGCACUUGCCGGCAGCUGGUGGGAAGGACGUCGAGCGUCGGCUGCGCCGCCUCCCUUCCUUCCUUCGCUGACGGCGUGAGCCGGAUUGGCCGGUUGGCUGCCUGGUGGGCUCGCGGCCUCGCACCGCCUUUGCCUGGGCCGGGGCGGUCGGUUGGCGAGGCGUGCGCGCGCCGCGGGACGCGAGGACUCGGUGGUCGCCCGGAGGUUAUGGCGGCGGCUGCCGGCGGAGGAGGAGGAGGAGCGCCGAGCUCGGUGGUUGUUGCGGCUGCUGCUGCUGCUGCCGCCGCUACGGCUGCUAAUGCGGGGGGCUGGCGGCUUCCCGGGCGGGUGCUCGAGUUCGUCUUCUCCUACCUGGAGCUGCGGGAGCUGCGGAGCUGCGCGCUGGUGUGCAAGCUGUGGUGCCGCGUCCUGCACGGCGACGAGAACAGCGAGGUGUGGCGGAGCCUGGCCGCUCGCAGCCUGGCGGAGGAGGCGCUGCGCACCGACAUCCUCUGCAACGUACCCACCUACAAGGGCAAGGUGCGCGCCUUUCAGCACGCUUUCAGCACCAAUGAUUGUUCUAGGAAUGUCUACAUUAAGAAGAAUGGAUUUACUUUGCAUCGGAAUCCCAUUGCACAGAGUACAGAUGGAGCAAGGACCAAGAUUGGUUUCAGUGAAGGCCGUCAUGCUUGGGAAGUCUGGUGGGAAGGCCCUCUUGGCACAGUAGCAGUAAUUGGGAUUGCUACAAAACGAGCUCCCAUGCAGUGUCAAGGCUAUGUGGCACUCCUGGGCAGUGAUGACCAGAGCUGGGGCUGGAAUUUGGUGGACAACAACUUGUUACAUAAUGGAGAGGUCAAUGGCAGCUUCCCCCAGUGCAACAAUGCCCCUAAAUAUCAAAUAGGUGAGAGAAUUCGUGUCAUCCUGGACAUGGAAGACAAGACUUUGGCUUUUGAGCGAGGCUAUGAGUUUCUAGGAGUUGCAUUCCGAGGACUGCCAAAGACAUGUCUGUAUCCAGCAGUGUCUGCUGUCUAUGGAAACACUGAAGUGACGUUAGUUUAUCUGGGAAAACCUUUAGAUGGAUGACAUUUAGUUUUUAACUGGGACAUGAACAUCAAGUUGACAAUAUGGAGAAACUUUGCAUGUGGGUUAAUAGGGAAGCAUGAGUGAAGUGUGUGGAUGCAUAUCCAAGAAACAUCAAGGAAAACCAAAAUUUGCGAUCCAAAAGGCCAGCUGUACGGAAGAGAGUUUUACCUUUCCUUUUUCUGCCGGACCAGAAAAAUUCUCAGGGGGUUGCAGUUGGUUGAAUGGGCAGCUAACCACAUGCAUGUUGCAUAAGAUUUCACUGCAAAGGUGGCAGAAUGGAAUCCUGUACAUACCUAAGGGACUCCUGUGUAGAAGUGGGUAAGGAAAGCUGACUGAGACCUGUAAGUAGUGUGUUCUGUGAAAAAGACUUCAUUUUUAAAAUUAUUUGUUUCCUUCCUGCCUUUGAUCCAGUAUGUUUUACCAAAGGUAACUGAAAUUGGUUGGAUUUUAUUUAAUGUAUUUUCAUUGUGAUGAGGAGUAUAAUGUAUUGCACUUCUCCAGAGCAAAACAUUGUGCAGUUAUGUUAAAGUGUGUUUUAAAGACAGUUUGUACAGAACACUUAAAAAAAAAACAGAACAAAACAAAGGGUUGCUGUUGCUUUCCCUGGGAUGUAAUUUUGUUAAUUGGAACCCCCCCCCACUACAUAACAGGUGUUGGUGUCUGUCCAGUUGAACAGCAUACAUACAAGUGCACUUCUUUUGCUGCACAACAUCUCAUGUGAAUGUCUAUUGUAAAAUGCUUUAGAUUUGAUAGCUGAAAAUUCUGUGCAGGUGGAAGGAUAAAGUCAGUUUCUAACGUGAGUGUUUUUGUUUUACUUAAAAUGUGAGUGUGUGUUGCAAAUGACCAUAUGUCUUUCAAUCCACCUUGUAAAGUAAGACUUAAAAUUAAUCUUGCAAACUAUGAGCUGUCCACCAAAUAAUGCUGCUCUUUACCCAUUUUAAUCAGAAUUGUAUUGUGGUUGUGGGUGGCCAUGCUUGGUGGGUUGUUCCCAUUAUGGUCUGCAGUACCCCAACCCUUCAUUUUGGUCUAUUACCAAAUGUACUGCUCUCUUCCCAGUAUAGAUAUUAGAUUGCAAGUAUUGCAUAUUUACGGUAACUAAAUAUUUUGAAAAAUAGGUUUCCAAAAGUACUACCUAAAUAAUACUAUGUUAAAAUUGCAUAGAAAAAUAUUUUAACAUAUUUCAAUCUUUAGCGUAAAUAAAUUGAACUUCAAACAGGAAUCAAAUUUCUGACACAAUUA